GUGGCCCGGAAGUUGCUAUUGUUUGUGAGGGUACAUUUAACCUGAGUAAAUAAGCUAAACGAAGGCGUUGACCUACUUGUGUAAAAAUAGAGAUGUUUUGAAAAUUCUAUCGGAUAAUAUAGUUAGCUAACUGUGGCUAGCUGAAAUAGCUAAUUAGGUCAGUGUUGGUAUGCGUCUACUAGCAUAGAUAGCUAACGUUAGCUAAAUUGGGUUCUUAGCUUGAAACUAGCUUGCUUCUUCAGCUACCAAGCAACAUGCCUUCGUACAAAGCAGUGAGGAAAAGCAACCGUUUCUAUUAUUUCAUCAAAUUCACCUUAAAUAUCUACUCAAUGCUCUUUUCGCUCCUGGGCCUGUGUGUGCUGUGCGUGGGGGUGUACGCGGAGGUGGAGCGCCAGAAUAACCGUACCCUGGAGGGGGUGUUCCUGGCCCCCGCUGUGGUGCUCAUCCUGCUGGGCCUGGUGAUGUUCACCGUCUCCCUGGUGGGCAUGGUGGGCUCCCUCAGGGACAACAAGACCCUGCUACACAUGUUCUUGUGUGUUCUGUGUGUCCUACUGUUCCUGCAAGUUGUGGCUCUCAUCGUUGCACUCAUCUUUGAGAAGAAGACAUCAGCCUUGUUCCAAAGCAGCAUACGAGAGGGAAUUAAACACUAUUACGAUGAUCUGGACUUCAAAAACAUCUUGGACUUUGUGCAACAGAAGUUCUCUUGUUGUGGUGGGGACGAGUACAAGGACUGGGGUGUCAAUCAAUACCAUUUCUGCAAUGGCACCGGGCCGCUGGCCUGUGGCGUUCCUUAUACAUGUUGUGUCCGCCACAAGGUGAGAGAGGUUGUCAACACUCUUUGUGGUUACAAGACACUCAGCCAGCAGCGUGAGGUCCUAGAUGAGGUGAUUCAUGUGCGAGGCUGUAUCCAUGCUGUCAACCUGUGGAUGGGCGACAACGUGGGGGCAACUAUUGGGCUCUGCUGUGCCUUAGGUCUGCCACAGCUAAUGGGCAUCGUGCUGAGCUGUAUGUUCUGGAACCUGCUGGUGGAGAUGAAUGAGUCCAUGGACAUGGUGGACUUCAAGAUCCUCAAGAGAGCUGGCUUUGAGUACAGCGAGCUGGACCUGGCUGGUGCUGGCUGCUGCCUGUGUCUGCCCAGAGACGGAGGCUACCUCCCCCUGCCAGCUUUAGACCCCAUCUUGUCUGACCCUGACCUAAAGCCCAUCCCCAUCCGAGUCCAGCGACCCCUGCCCGUCCAGGUCCAUAGGCCCCUGGCCCAAUCCCUCCAAGACCUCAAGCUAUCUGGGCUUAGACUGGACGAGGUAGACAUUGGGUGGAAGCAGAAAAGAAGGGAAUAUUAAUUUUUGAAUUAUUUUUGAAUUUAAUUUAUAUUUUGGUCUUGUUUUGGUCUCUGUGUUUGUUGAAGGACAGGUUAGACCUGUUGCACUAUUUGGUGGUCAAACCAAUCAAUGGUCAUUAACUGACAUGAUCACAGGUUAUAAUGGCCACGUUCCUAGCUGGCUACGUUGCAUACGCAUUCCAGAUCUCAAUGCCUGGAUAGGUGUUUAACAUAUCAGCUAACCACAUGAUAUGAUAUAGCAAUCUGAUGCCUGACUGCGCUGUUGAUGAUGUGGCACACAUCCAUUGGUUGAUGCAAUGCAUGCAGUUGGCCUGGAACCCAACCAGAGGUUGGGCACUUUGGAAAGGCAUUAUUGGAGCAAUUGUUAUCCUGUUUUUUAAAUAUUUG